GCAAAUUGCUAACAUCAAGAGGAAUUGAUCGUAGAGUUAGAGCUAGAGCUAGCUAGAGAUGAAGCUUACAACUCCAGAGAUUAUUUGGCAUAAUAAGCAGCCUCUACUCAGUGUAGACUUCCACAGAGGAGCUUCCUGUUUGAGAUUAGCCACUGGAGGAGCUGACAAUGAUGUCAAAAUUUGGAAGGUCUCUAGCGAGGAGGACGGAGAUAGGUUAAGGAUCGUAUUCAUGGCGUCUCUCUCCAGGCACACUAAGGCGGUCAAUGUAGUCCGCUUCUCUCCAAAUGGUGAAUUCCUUGCCUCGGCAGGCGAUGACACCGUUGUUCACAUUUGGAGACUGAAUUCUGAUGACCCAUCGUCUGUGGGUGUCGUAGGUAACCUGGUGAGUGGCUCUAGUGAUGCCUCACCCUCAAAGAACAAAGAGAACUGGAGCGUGGUGAAGCUACUUCGAGGGCACCUGGAGGAUAUAUAUGACAUCUGUUGGUCUCCAGACUCUUUGUGUCUUGUCUCUGGUUCUGUGGACAACUCGGCCAUUGUGUGGGAUGUGAACAAAGGCCAACAGAUAGCAGCAUUGAAGGAGAGCAAGCAGUACAUUCAAGGUGUGGCUUGGGACCCCCUUGGAGAGUACAUCACUACCCUAAGCACAGACAGGAGUCUUCGUGUGUAUUCAAUUGAGCAGAAGUUCAAGUGUGUCCACACCGUAAACAAACUGACUCUGGCAGACUCCAAACAAAUUCGCCUCUGGGUAGAUGAAGUGAACUCGUUUUUUCGUAGACUGACCUUUACCCCUGAUGGAUCCUUCCUCAUAGCACCAGCUGGUAGGUUCGAGAGUGAAGAUAAGGUCUCAAAUGCGUCUUACGUCUUUACCAGAAACAACUUGUCAAAGCCAGUGUUACAGCUCCCUGGCGAGGAGAAGGCGUCUGUGGUAGUCAAGUGCUGCCCAGUUCUGUUUGAGUUGAAGGAGCAACCAAAGGAAGCCACCACUAUCACAAGUCUGUCGUACCGGAUGGUCUAUGCCGUCGCUAACCUGGACUCGGUGUUCUUCUAUGACACACAGCACAUUGCUCCCUUCGCUUACAUAUCAAAAAUCCACUAUUCAGGCAUCACAGAUUUGGCUUGGUCUGAUGAUGGAUUGACACUUGUGGUCGCCUCAUCUGAUUGUUACUGUACCAUUGUCACCUUUGACCCCAAUGAGUUUGGAGUCCCCUUGACCAAUGACAAACUACCUCCAAAUAUGUCCAAUAUUAAAAAGACUCCACAACCCAUCGCUUCGCCUUCUCUACCCGUAACUAAGAAAGCUACGAGCGAAAAUGACAAAGAGACCACUCAGAAUAAAGCUUCUCCAUCCUCGAGCAGCUUACCUCCUCUUGCUGACUCCACAGCUACUACUUCAACAACUGUGAAUGUACUAAAGCCACGACGGAUUCGCCCGACAAUGGUGUCAAGUGUCACCUCUCCCAACGGCAAAGCCACACCCUCCUUAACCACCCCAGUCCAAACCACUACCUCCGACACAGCCACUAGUUUCCCCCCUCCUUCAUCUGUGAGCUCUGAGCUUCAGAAUAGUACCGAGAAAGACGGCGUCGAUACUACACAAAAGUCUAAAGAUGAGCAGCCAGUAAGCUCUUCCUCAAAUGUAGCAGGGUCAAAAGUUCCAAGAAGAAUUAGUCUCACAACUCUCACCACCUACCACCCCAAGAAUCAAUCAGCCACUGUCGACUCUACUCCCAGUGCAAGCAAAGGAGAACUAAAGGACACUGACUGUAUUAUUAUUGAGUAAUUUAGAUCGUGGAUUCAAGAACUCGAUCUCUUUCAUUAUAGUCAUAUAAUUAUUAUACCAUUUUGAAUUCCUUGAUUGCAUAAUAUGCUCACUUUAUUGUACAUGCAUGCACGUUUUAACUUUCAUGACAUAAUUAUGUAAUUAUUGA